UUUACUCAUUAUUUGUCAUUUUUAUUUACACAUUAGGAAUAUGGAAAUUAUUUUUUUACUAUUUUGCAGAAAUAUAUAGUUACCGUUUUUAAUUUUGUAUUGAAGUUCAUUUUUAUGAGUAAACGUGACCGAUAUUAAAUGUUCCCAUAGAAAUUUUUUUUCAAAAGUAAUACUAGGUAAGUUUUAUAUUUUGACGGAACGCCUUCAUUGAAUUUCAUCUCGAAAAAACUCGUCCCAUAAGACAUCUCAGCAAGUGUUGUGUACAUGAUGUGCAUUUAUACUGUAGGCAACCAUAUUUUCAUAAUAUGCACUACACAAGUGUUUUUCGUUACAGUACAUCUUGAUUUUAUAAAACAUUUAUUCACACACUAGUUAAUAUUACAGCAAAAAUUCUGAGCAGAUUUUAUAAGCCAAAAUAGGCAAUCAAAAUAGUUUCAAAAUGGAUACGAAAGACUGAAAAAAUAAGUAAAUGUAUGAACACUAUUCUGAGAUGUAACACAACAACGAUAAGAGGAAAAAACACUUUCAAAAAAGUGUUUAAAUAAAUAUUUAGUUUGUCACGCAUUGUGCCUUUAAAAAACAAGAAAGUCCAAGCACAAUUUCACUUGGAAAAAGUAAAUUUUCUCCAGAAAUUUGUAAAAAUUAAUCUUCAAAUGGCUUUAACUUAAAUAAAUGAAUAUCAGUAGUUCUUUAUAUAAAUCAAAUAAAAUGAGUCGAAGACUGUACAUCGGAAAUUGUUUACUCGUGUUUGGUAUAAUAAUUGUAACUUAUACUGAAAAAACCAAUCAAGCAAUGUGUCUAACAAAUAAACGGGUGUUAUCCAAUUUCCUAAAUUAAUUGCACUUGAUUUUGUACGAAUCAUCAGUUAAGUAAACAUUAAAAAUUUUAUGAAAUUUUUCUGAUGCUACUGCUAUUAACAAAACUAUAUGUUAUUGUUCAUAGAUAUGAUAUAAUAUUUGAAAAGUUUUGGCCGUAAAUUACAGAAACGACAACGGAUGAAAUGUGUAAAGAGCCAAAUACAGCUACUACAGACAAUCCACAGUAUACAGUAACUGAUCCCACACGAUGUUACAAAAUUAAGUACACCACUCCGAGAAAAACUACUAAACCGUGGACCCCUAAGACAAAAAGAUGUCCUCGUGUAUCAGAACCUCCAACGGAAGAAGAACCUUCGUCGACUAGACACCCAGAACAGGAUUGCAGUAAAGCAAAGAAAGCGAAAAUUACAAAAAAAAAAGAUUUGUUCGAAGACGAUAUAAUCACUGAGAAAAGUCCUACUAAGCCAAUUGUUUUCACCGUUACAAAUUGGAUGAACCCUUCAAUGUCUGGGAUUCGCCAGUCAGCGCUAACAUCCACGGGAAAUAUUAAAGAAAAAAUGUUCCCUACCUCAAUCAAUUCGUUUCGGAAAAUUCAACGAAAAGAAAUACCUGUAGGAGCCAACCAAAAUAAAAAAACAACAAUGCUAAUUGCGCUUGACCACGAUGCUACUAUAACCAAAUACAAAUACAGAGAAGUGAAGUUCCCGAGAACUUGGAUUUGGACGUCACAGAAAAUGUCUACGGAAGCAUUCAAACAACAAGACAUGACUAAUGAUAUUAACCCAAUAAAUUUUAAGAAUAAAAAAGAUAGUUUUUCUAAACAUAAUGAUAAUUUGUCCGAAAAUAUUGAUCUGUUAAAAUCGGACGUGACAGCGCAAAAUGCAGCAGCGAAUAUUGUCGACCUAAUAGAAAAUAAUCGUGACUGCAGUUUUAUGAAAUCGAAAAAAACUGAUUCGGUAGGAACCGCGAUGAACGCAAAAACGUCACGGAAUGUCACAAUGCCUUACAUUAAAGUAUCUUUUAAUAGUCCAAAUAUUGUUAAUGCCGUUAAAUAUGACGGAAAUCAAAAACAAUACAGUACACAGUUGACAGAUAUUAAUCCUUCUGUGGCCAGAGUUAAUGUCCUAAUUGCAGCUAUAGCUAGUAAAUUAAAUUCUGUAGGGAGCAAAAACCGUGAACACACAUCGCCUACCUGGCCAAAGCUCAAGAACAUUGGUUUUGCACUACCAUCAAGUCGUUUCCUACCGGACUCGAACAUUUUGUCUGUUUUGCCAGUGAAAACCGACCAACAGCAAAUUACUCCAACUUUUUCUAAGUAUCCCUUGUAUUACGUGCCGGUAUUGCGGGGCUCUAUUCACAAAAAAUCGAACGACUUAUGACCCCAAAGUCCUAAAGCUAAUUUAAACAAAAUUUCAUUUUAAGAAUGCGUUUCAAUUUAUUUAAAUUUUGUUUUUUGCUUAUACACAAUAUCGAUUUUUAUUUUUUUAGUUCCAUUUGUCCGAAUUGUUUGCUUUAAUUUUAUUUUAGAAAUAAAUCGUCAAUAAAUAAUG